AUGGCGGCCGAGGAACCUGACCGGCAGCAGUUUGACUGUGGUGACGGUGUAAAUUGCCUCACGUAUGAUGAAGCUAUUAUUGCCCAGCAGGAUCGUAUACAGCAAGAGAUUGCUGGACAGACUCCCCUGCUCUCAGAUCGGUUGGACCUUUCUGUACUGUAUCAGGAAUAUGCUCCCGAUGAUCAGGUGUACCAAGACAAAAUUAAGGAUUUACAUAGAAGAUAUUCUCACAUACGCCGAACGCGACCAGAUGGAAAUUGCUUUUAUCGAGCAUUUGGCUAUUCGUACUUAGAAGCUUUAUUGGAUGGAGGUCCUGACCUAACACGGUUUAAGGAAGUGUCACUGCACAGUAAGGAAGAACUCAUCAAACAAGGAUUUACAGAGUUUACUAUAGAAGAUUUCCACAAUACGUUCAUGGAUUUAAUUGCUGUUGUGGAGAAGCGUCCUGCAGUGUCAGAGCUACUAGCUGCAUUUAAUGAGCAGACUGUUUCAGACUAUGUGGUUGUCUACCUGCGUCUUCUGACAUCUGGUCACCUGCAGAGAGAGAGUGUCUUCUACCAGCACUUUAUUGAAGGGGGAAGAAGCGUCAAGGAAUUCUGCCAGCAGGAAGUGGAGCCCAUGUGUAAGGAAAGUGAUCACAUCCACAUCAUUGCGCUCUCCCAGGCCUUGAAUGUUUCUAUCCAGGUUGAAUAUAUGGACAGGGGUGAGGGGGGGGAAGCACGGUCACCCAUGUGUUUCCGGAGGGAUCAAAUCCACAGGUUUUCCUGCUCUACCGACCUGGACACUACGACAUUCUCUAUAAGUGACCAAUUUCGAAUUGUUUCAGCUUUUCCCCCUACAUGA